CAUCUGUCAUUUUUAUUUCAUUUGUUUUUUUGUUUACGACACUUGUCGAUGAAGAAAUAAGUGUUUUCAAGCAAACAUUUUAACUUCACGUGAAAGGCUAGACUUAAGAAUUACCGUAAACACAUGAACCCAAAAUGAGUGAAAAACUUAAAGAGUUAAGGGAGAGAUCACAAAAGCGUAAAAAGUUGCUUGCGCAAGCGCUAGGCGUAUCCAGCGUGAGUGAGUUAAGGCAUGCAUUAGGAGCAUCCUUGGAUGCAUUUCCAAAGAAACAGGCUGUAGCAGAUUACACUGCGGAAGGGAGUGAAAAGCCCGUCGCCAAGGAGCCGGAUAGCCUUGUUUAUACCGAUUCCUCUACAUUCUUAAAGGGCACACAAUCAUCAAACCCUCACAAUGACUACUGCCAGCACUUUGUUGAUACGGGACAGAGACCACAAAACUUCAUCAGGGAUGUUGGGCUUGCGGAUCGAUUUGAGGAGUAUCCCAAACUCCGUGAGCUCAUUAAACUGAAGGAUGACCUAAUUGCACGAACUGCUACACCGCCUAUGUACUUAAGAUGUGAUCUCAAGACUUUUGACUUGAAGCAAAUGGGGUGCAAGUUCGAUGUGGUGCUGGUGGAGCCACCGCUGGGUGCAGGCUGGCGCUGGCAGGAUGUGUUGGCGCUCGACCUGCAGCAAAUAGCACAACCAAGGUGCUUCCUCUUCCUCUGGUGCGGCAGCUCUGAAGGUUUAGAUAUGGGCAGAGAAUGUCUAAAGAAAUGGGGAUUUCGUCGCUGCGAAGAUAUCUGCUGGAUAAAAACCAAUAUAAAGAACCCGGGGCACUCGAAAAAUUUGGAACACAAUGCUGUGUUCCAACGGACCAAGGAGCACUGCCUUAUGGGUAUCAAAGGGACCGUACGAAGGUCUGUGGAUGGAGAUUUUAUCCAUGCUAAUGUGGAUAUUGACCUUAUCAUAUCAGAGGAUCCAGAGUUUGGCAGCACGGAGAAGCCUAUUGAAAUAUUUCAUAUCAUGGAACACUUUUGUUUGGGACGGAGAAGGGUGCAUCUGUUUGGCCGCGACUCAACGAUCCGUCCUGGCUGGGUGACCAUCGGCCAUGAGCUCACAAACUCCAACUUCAAUGCGGAGUUGUACGCAGCCAACUUCACAGAGGGCCGCGAGAGUACUGGCUGUACCGAGCGCAUUGAGGCGCUCCGCCCCAAGAGCCCCCCUGCCGCAGGAAAGCCCCGACCCAGAACCAGGAAUGCCUUCAGGGCUCGACCACGUGGCAGACCUAAUGUAUAGGACCGGAAAGGUCCUAAUAUGAAAAGGACCUUAAAGAAGUGAAACUUUUGUAAUUCUGCUGUCAUUGUGUGUGAAAAAAAUAUUAAUAUGUAGUGCAAUUGAACAUGAAAUUGAAGAAAGUUUAAAUUAGUUUGAUAUGUCUAAUGCGACAAGGAAUUGCAAUAAGUCUGGCCAAUUGAAAGCAAUGCAGUAAUUAUAGUGAAUGUGACGUGAAAUAAAUGCUAGAAACAGUGACAAUGAAUUCCUUAUGACACCAAAAUCUCUAAAAUAUUGUCAUCCUUGUCAUUUAUCUUUGAAAAAAGGUGAUGACAGGGAUGACAAUGUUUUAAACAGGGAUUUUGGUCUCCGAAACUCACGGUUAAUGUAUAAGUGUCAACAAUUUUGAAGGUAAGUAGUAUAGUUAGUAUUCAAUGGAUUAGUUCAAAGUUUUUUUAACUCGCAUGACCAUUUUGAAAUAUAGGAUGUCUUAAAUAGCUGAGUUGUAUGGAAUUUAAUGUUUUUUACUUAAGCUAUAUUUAUAUUGAUUACAUUGUAUUUUUAGUAAUUAAUUUUAUAAAAUUGACCACAUUUAUGUAUUUAAUAAUUUCUACAAUGUGUAGAUAUUGAUUAUAUUUCUUAAUAUUAUUCAUUGAAUUAUGAAUCUGAUACAUUUUUAAUGUUUUUGUUCGUACAAAUAUGAAAGAUGCAAAAAUAUUGUU